CCUGGCAACACACAGAUAAACAAGCGUGAGCCUUUUGCUUAGCUUACUCUCUCUUCACACAGUAAUUCAGCUUCGUUAAGAGCCCGGUCGCUCAGUAUAAGUUAUUUCUGCAACUAACUGUUGAAUCGAGAUCGCCGCGAAUUUUUAGUUUUGAAAAAAAAAUGCUAUUCUUGAAGUGGUGUUUAGAAAUGCAAAUUUUUGGUUCCAUGUGGUAUUUUCUUUUGUACAAUAAAUACUCAAAGGAGUUUUUCCAUAGAUUGUGCGAAUACCUUGACAUAUAGAAAUGAAAUAUUGCAUUUUAAUGGUGGUUUUAACUUUACCAAUUACCAUGUGCCAACUUUCUCAGGCACCGCCAAAACCACCAUUUGAUCCCAACCGAGACAGUUUCCCUGCCCUGCUACGCUCCAAGUCGUUCGUCGACAAAAGUGCGUUCGUGAACCUGUUCUUCGAGAGCAUGGAAUACAGCGAAUACACGAUGUACGUCACGGCGCCGCGAGGGUUCGGCAAAACGAGCAUCAUGAACAUGUUGAAGACCUUUUGCCAAGUCCAAGUCGACUCUGAUGGGACACCCCUGGAUCGGAACUCCACCAGCAAUAGGAAGCUCCUCUCCGACUACAAGCUCGCCAUCAUGAAAGACGAAAAGUUCUUGUUCAAGUACUUCGGUCUCUAUCCGGUUGUGCAUUUCCGCUUCGAUAGGUUGGACGUCGGGAGAGGGUAUUCGGAUUUUAUCAAGUCGUUCCAGGAAGUUCUCAGUGAAGCUUACCUUGAGCACAGCUACUUGGCUGACUCCUCACGACUGGACGCCUAUCAGAAAUCCGACUACACCCGCGUCGCCGCGAAGAACGAAUCCGGUUGGCUGACCCAGCGCGGGAAGGACCUGACCCACCUGCUCCACUCCCACCUGGACCGUCGCAGCAUCGUCCUCGUCGACGACUUCGACGCCCCCCUCCGGCAGAUGCUCGGCGACCGGCGUCUGGCCGCCGACGACGUCGAGAAGAUCCACGACUUCCUCAAGGGCUUCGUCGUGAACCUGGUCAAGGUCAACUUCUUCCACCAUAAGUCCCUCAUCACGGCCUCGGCCCGGCUCAUCCCGCCGGACGUCAACUCGCGCGUCACCGAGGCCAACAGCCUCCUCACCGUCAACUUCGCUGAGAACCCCAAGAUCGCUGCGUGUUACGGGUUUACGGAGGGGGAUGUGCUCGAGUUGGCCGGGAGAUAUGGGAAGGAAGCGGAGAUGCCGCAGAUCCGGGAAUGGUACGGUGGCUACCCGAUCCAAGACUCCAACAUGACGCUUUACAAUAUGAUCUCGAUCCUGAAGUACUUCGAAACCGGCGAACUCCAGACCCACUGGAAAGACGCCGGGCAGGUGCAGCAACUCCUGAGACCCUUCUUCGCGGAGGGCCUCCUGAAGACGGACAUCGAAGGAUCUCUGACGACGAACAACACGAAGAUGAGAGUCGUCGAUGGACCGUACAGCUUCAACUCUCGGAACAUCAGGAUCCUGAAGAACGCGUUGGAAAACCCCAACAAGGCUGAGAAGAAUGUUUACGUCAAGAACCUCCUCCUCAAGUACCUGCUGGACCACGGGUACUUCCACGUGAAGGAGAAGGUGGUCUUCAAAGGAUACAUCGAGACCGUUAUCCCGACGUACGAAGUCAGGAAAAGGCUCGUUCAGUAUUUGGAUGAGAAUUCGGAUCAAAAGAGCGCUGAGGAAAAACAGUGGUGGUUUAUUUAAUUGGCCUUUUUUCUUAUUUUUUUUUGGGGGGGGGGAGGGGUGAUUGCACGAUGUGGUUUUAAAAUUUUCAAGGAAACACCCAGAUCUGUAGAAACAUUUUGAGGUAUGGGUUUUUUAAUUGAAUUUUUUUUUAAAAUGGAAACACGGUGUUUAGUAGCUCUGUGAACCAAAGUUAUUUUAAUAUACAAUAUUUGGAUAAGAAUUUGGCUCAAAAGAGCGCUGAAAAAAAGCGAAGGUGGGUUAUUUAAACGGCGUUGGAGCAUCAAUUUUUUUUCUUUUUCAAUCAUUUUCCUAUUAUCCGAGAGUUUUGCUUGAAGGAUCGUGGUGGGUCUUUUGAGGCUUUUAAAAUACUUUAUUUUAGAUCCGAUUCUUUGGUUUGUCUUAUUUAAUUUUUUGAUCUUGUUAUUCCACCAAUAAACAGGUUUGAAGUUAUUAAUUUUAUCUUUUCUGGAGAAUGCUAUGUCUGCACUUUCAGAAAUGAUUUUGUUGCAUAAUUCUGGUGUUAAUAAAUCAGCUUCCUGGUCGAUUCUAACCUUCACCUCCCGAUUAAAGGUUUUGUAUUUCGUCGGAUCUAAAAACCAUCCGGCUGGCUUGGAGAUGAAAUUUGCCAUUCCUUCGUUUUCCUUAUAAGUGAUCAGGAUAGCUUUAUGAUCACUAAGGAAUUCAUCAUCCAUGAUUUUUAUCUGUAAAUCCCUGUAGAUAUCUUCCGUUGCAAAGACAAGAUCUAUAACUGAUUCACCCCGAUGUCCAAUAAACGUUGGAAUGAAGUUAUCAGGGUCAUUCAAGCACUGAAGAUUGUUACAAAUCAUCCAAUCUUUGACGACUCUACCUCUAUCAUUAGUAUCCAGAUCGCCCCAGGAGAUUGAUCUACUAUUAAAGUCACCGACUAUAAUAGUUUUCCUACUGGUUUCUUUCAAGAUCUUUUCCAUUCUGAGGAGUGACAGUUCAAGUUCUUGUUUGGAGUCUUUAAAGUUCAAAUAGCAACAAAUGGACUGCAUUUUGCAAUUUUGAACUUUAAAUUCUGGCCCGGUUUAAAAACAACGUAUGUGCUAUUAGUUUCCCUAUGCACAUAAGUGUUUUUUGCAGAUGAGCCAGCAUGUAUAGUUCCAAAUUGCAAAAUGCAGUCCAAAUAACAGUAAUGUCCUUCCAAUGAAAAUGGCAGAAAUUACUAUCCUUCCCCCACCUCUCCGGCGCUCCAAUAAGGUUACGGUUAGUUUUGAUAGCAACUUUGUUAUCAAACGAAGUUAAUUGUCUCUUAAACUUUUUUUGAGGUUCGGUUCUGUUAUUAAAAUUAUGCCUGCGUUAUUGAUAGAGGCUAAGUUACUGAUGAUAUCCAUACUGUUGACUCUUUUCUUCGUGUUACUGAGAAUAGCUCUAAAUCCUAGGCCUCUAAUCCGAGAUAAUCUGAUUGUUCUUCAGGCUGUCAGUAGGAGGCGAGAUGUAACCAAGUUUGUGAGGCGUGUCUUUUAAAGGAGCCUUGUAAGGCUCUAAAUUUCCUGUUGAUUUAUUCUUGAUAAAGAAUUUAAUCUCCUCCGUUGAUUGAGCUGAUAAUGGGUUGUCCUCGUCUGAUAAUGAAUCGUUGGAUUUUUCAAAGUAAUCUACAAUGUUUUCUUUGCGUGUUUUCUUUUGACCCUGUAUUGGUAUUUUAUGGUCGGAUAUGGAUGAUGUCAGAGUUCUUCAAAAAGAUUUUGGUUCCAAGAUGAAGAUAGGGUCUCGUUUUCAAUGUCACUCUCAUCUAUGAUAUUUGUAGGUAAUAUAUUAGACAAACGGGUGUUAAAGUAUGUUGCGUCCAGAGAUUCUUGUGAGGAGACGUAAUCUGGUUCAUCAGCGUCUUCGUUGUCAAUCGAUAGUAGAUUAAAAGAAUUUUUUGUUUGAGUUCUUGGAGCAUUAAUAGGUAUGCCGUUUUUUAACUGAAUAAGGUCUUUGCUCAUAUGAAAACACCGUGUUUAAUAAUCUUAGAUUUAAUAAAUUUUUGUCUUUAGUUUUUUUCAUUAA